CAUACACAAACAAGUAUCCAUCACCAUGGGUUCCUGUGCUUCCAAGUCUGCUCUUGAACAGAGGAGGCCAGCGAGGUAUUACACCAGAGGACGACGAGGCCGCAGCCGUUCCCGAUCCAUCAUGCCAGAGGCACCAAAGUCACAGUUGAGCGGUUCCAGAGGACGCAUGACCGGCUUCUCAAUGAGUGAGAUUGUCCAUGUCGAGACAGCAAACCAUGGAAAGUCAGAGCAUUCCAAGACAUUCCACCUUAGGCAGAUGCAGUGGCACCACAGCCAGAGGGACCCUAAAGGUUGCAGCAAUGAAGAUGCCUGGUUUGACUCUGUCAGUAUUCUUGAAGAUGAUUCUGAUGAUGAAUUCAAGAGUGUCAAUGGAGAUAGUUCACCAUCCACGGACGAAGAGAACCAAAAGGAGCAAUAUGAGAGCACUUCCCGUUUUGCCGACGCACUCACUCGCAUCGGAGACAUAUGCCGUGGUGUGCCCAUGACAUUAUCUGUUGAACAGUACCUGAAAAGAGAUAAUGGUGAUGAUCCUGCACGUAGGAGCCAAAGAAUGUCCGUGUGUGCUAGCAAGUGCCUACCAACCUCCUUUAGCUUCAAGGGCUUGAAGGAUAAAAAUGAUACAGAUGAUACGAACAAGGAGAGCCCCACUCCAUCCCGCUUACGCAAGCUGCUGCACUCUAUCAGCUUCAAUGACAAGAUGCAGCAGUUGACAGGUGGCAGCCCAGCAAAAAAGAAGUCCACAGUCAUCCAUCUCUCAUACAAGAGAACAUCAUGCGAUGGCUAUGAAGAUGGCAGUGAAAUCAGUAAAUGUAAGAAAUAUGCUGUCCGUCCAAAGGGAGGGCUAACGAUCCCAUGUGGAGGAGAAAACCCAACUACAGGAUGCUGGUCACGCAUUGAUCCAUCCCUCUUCAAAUUGAGGAGUGAAACCUUCCUCAAGGACAAGAAAAAAUGUGCAGCUCCAAAUUAUGCUGCUUAUUAUCCAAUCGGUGUGGACUUGUUUGCCUGCCCCAAGAAGGUUCAACACAUCGCUCAGCACAUUGAUCUUCCACAAGUCAAAACACACCACAAGCUCCCAUCACUUUUGAUUGUUAACAUCCAGAUGCCUACCUAUCCUGCUGCUAUGUUCCUCGGCAACAGCGACCGAGAAGGUUUGAGCCUCGUCUUGUACUUCAGGAUAUCUGAGUACUUUGACAAGGAGGUUUUGGAACAUUUCAAGGAAUCUAUCAUGAAAUUUUUUGACAAUGAAUCUGAGAAGGUAAAAGGGUUUGCAUCAGAAUCUACCAUCUCUUACAGAGAUCGAUUGAAAAUCAUGGCUGGAUUGGUCAACCCAGAUGACCUUCAGUUGAGUUCCACGGAGAGGAAGCUUGUCCAGGCAUACAAUGAGAAGCCAGUCCUGUCACGACCCCAACAUAAUUUCUAUGAGGAAGAGAACUACUUUGAGAUAGACCUUGAUAUACACCGGUUCAGCUACAUCGCUAGAAAGGGACUGGAAUCAUUCAGGGAACGCCUAAAGAACGGCAUCCUCGAUUUGGGUUUGACAAUUCAGGCCCAGAAGCAAGAGGAGCUCCCUGAGCAAGUCCUCUGCUGCAUUAGGCUGAACAAGAUUGAUUUCAUUAACCAAGGGCAAGUUCCAACAAUAGUUACAGCUGAUGACAAGUGACAAAUUUGAUCAUAGUGCUUGCAUGUGCAAGCUGUUG